CCUUCCUUUCUUUCACUGUUCAAAGUGAUACAAUGGACUUUACAACAAAAAAAAAUAGAUCAUUUCAAGGUUUUACUAACCUAAUACGUUCUUAUGAGAAGGUCAAGAAUAGAGAAUAAAGAAAACUUUCACACUUUUAGUUCAAUUUUAUCGACUCAAAGUUGCUUUUUAUUUCCAGCAAGAAUGGGUUCUAAAUUAAUUUUGAUACCUUUAUUGGCGUUAAUUCCGGUGACAUUAAGUUACUCGGGUGGCGCACCGGAAGCGGUGUGUGAAGAUAUGACACCGAAACAUCCAAAUCCGCCGCAACCACCAAAAACGUUCCCUUACAAAGUUAGCGUAAGCGAAAACGAGAUUAAAUCUGGCGGAAGAACGCAAAUUACCAUUUCCGGUGACGGAUAUAAAGGAUUUUUGUUACAAGUUAGAGAUGGGGAUAAACCUGUGGGAAGUUUCCAAAUUCCGGAUGAUCAUCGAUAUGCGAAAACCAUUAAUUGUUCAGGAAAAAGGAAUUUUGAACCAUUAUUGGUAAGGAUUGGUAAAAUGUUCGCAGAGUUUAUGCAUAAUAUAAUCAAACUGGACAUCAGUCCACUUUUUCCUCAACUGAGGCCUCAAGGUUCGGCCACAGUGCUUAAUAAUGCAGCAACGCAUAAGAACUCGGCCACAAAGAAGGAAUUAACCUUGGAUUGGACAGCUCCGCGUGGAUCCAAAGGAAAAGAUUACGUCAUUUAUGUUACUGUUGCUACCGAUGGUGAAGUUUACUGGGCUAGACAACCAACAGAAACUAUUAAAGUUGCAUAAUUUAUUAUAUAAAUUUUCCCAUUCUGCAGAAAUAAAUGGAAUAUUUUCCUUUUUACAAGAAAAAA